CUGGAUGAUGACGUCGCAGCACACCCCACCCUGGCUUUGAUGCGCCGCAUCCUCGCGGAUGCACAGGCGAAGCUGCGCGUGAUGGUGGAGGAGAACGUGGGACCGGGGCUGAGGCUGGACGGUGGCGGCGAGCCGGACGCCGGCAAGCCCCGACCCGAGCUGGUCGGCGCUGCUCGGGCCAUCGUCCGGGACGCGCUCUCGUUCAACAAUAACAGCAACAACAACAACAACAACAACAACAACAACAACAACAACAACAACAACAACAGUCUCAACAGCAAUGGUGGGGGUGGGAGCAGCGCGAGUAGUACCACGAGCACGGGUACGACGGGUGCCUCGACGCCCUCGAGCAGCAGCGGUGGGGUGCCGGCCACCGGUGGGCCAAACUCCUCGUCCAGUGGCCCGGAGGUUGGGAGUCCGGCCAACUCGAGGGACCACCAUCUGGUGCAGCCGGACGACGCGGUCGGCAAGAGGCUGAGCAGCGGCAGCAGUCCCGUCGACAAGAGGAGCUCGCUCAGCGAAAAGAGCCUCAGCCCGAUCGACAAGAGGUGCAGUCCCGUCGACAGGAAGCCCAGUCCCGUCGAGCGGCACAACGGGUCGCCGUGCACGACGAGUAGCCCGAGCGAGGGUAAAAUCACGGCAGCCGGCAACAGACGAGCCUUCGCCCCGGCCCUGGAGAAGACGCGGCUGGGAGGCUCGGGCGGCAGCGUGGACUCGCGCUCCGACAGCGCCAGCCCCGUGAGCGGCAGCUUCUUCCGGCCGGGCGAGCGGCUGCGCAUAACGACGACCCGCAGCCUCGGCGAGCACUUUGCCCGGCAGGCCGGCAACAAGGGCUUCGAGGACAAGGACAUCAAGGACUUUGCCGACGGCGACGUAGACAACGAGCCUCCAGGACCCGCCCCCGGCAGCCGGCCCUGCUCCCCCGGCAACUCGUUAGGAAUUGGGGACCCGGUGGUGGCGUCGCGGUUGUCGAAUCUACACGGUGGGGCCCACCACCCGGAGCUCGCGUCGAACCGCCGGCUGCGGUUGGAGAACGAGCGGCUCGUGACGGAGGUGGCCAGGCUGCGCCGACUGCUGUUGAGCGGCGCCUCGCGGGGCGAGGUCGGGGCAGACGAGGCGCAGAUCGACGACGAGGCGCGCUUCGUCGCUCUGGAGAUGGAGCUGCAGCGCGCCCGCGAGAACGUGCAGAGCCUCAAGGCGGACAGGAAGAGGCUCAGGGCCGAGAAGUUCGACCUGCUCAACCAGAUGAAGGCGCUCUACGGGACCCUCGAGGACAAGGAGCGCGAGCUCCGGGACUUUAUUCGGAACUACGAACAGCGGAUGCGCGAGAGCGAGGCCAACCUGGGCCGAAUGCAGCAGCCGGGCGUGAGCACGGAAGAACGGGAACUGGAGCGGGAGCGCGAGCGCUGGAGUCUGCUGAGGGCGGCGCGGGACGAGGCCGACCGGAGCCUCAGCCUCGCGGCCAGCCUCGCCGACAAGGAGGCCGCGCUGGCCCACGCCCACGUGACCAUCAAGGAGCUUCAACGCCAGUUGGUCGACCGGGGCGGCGUGUGCCUGAGCGACCAGGAGUCGUUGGUCUCGUUCCCGCGAGGCAGCGUCAACGGGGCAGCGACUCCGGGGGCGGGCAGCAGUAGCGGGGGUAUCCUGGGCCACCUGAGCUCCCAGCAGUCGCAGCCCACAGGCUCGGCGAGCGAACUCGUGCAGACCAGCGGAGCUGCGGCCGGUGGGGUGGGCGUGGGUGGGACAACAGCGACGCCGACGACGAAUGUCACCGGGCAGGCCGGGGAUCGGGGCAGCUGUAGCGCCGACAGUGGGGUGAGGGGCUCCAGCGACAGGGAGAGCGGAGGGGCUACCAGUAUCGGUGGAAACCUCUCCGAUUCGACGACCGAUGGUACGCCGGUGCUGAUGCGAGUGGACGGUAGCAGCGGCCUCGAACCGGACAGCAUCUCCAUAGCCACGUCGUCCCACGUAUACGCAUCGACGACCCCGAAGGACUGUAGCCCGACGCUGUCGCCCCUGAACGCGUUCUCGAGGUCUAUGGACAACUCGUCCCUGUCGCGGUCCGUCGAGCAGCUGUCCAGCCCGCUCGACGCCGAGCCCGGCAAACGCGGCUUCGGCGGCAAACACCAGUCCUCGGCAGCCGUGCCCCUGGUCCCCCAGACCGUGCACUCGAGAUCCUCGGCGACCCGAGGCGGCACCUGGGGCUCCAUCUCCAGGUACGUGGCAUCACACACCAAACGCAAAGCAAAUACACUCACCAGUCAUGGUAUACGUGACAGGGUGUUUGCGCGCACUCGCCACCGAAAAACGACCAGCAGCUCCGGAGGUCUGGACGGUGGCCCCGAGACAUUCGACCCCUACCGCUCGUGGUCGCCCCUCACCGAGGAGGGCUACGCCGAGAAGCUGAGGCUCCUCAGGGAGGCCGCCUCCGUGCCCAUGGAGCGCUGGCGCGCCCCCACCGUCCUCGCCUGGGUCGAGGUGGCGCUCGGCAUGCCCCAGUACGGCCCCAGAUGCGCCGAGAACAUCAAAUCCGGCAAAGUACUGCUCGAGAUGAGCGACGCGGAGCUCGAGGCCGGCCUGGGUAUGACGCACGCGCUUCACCGCAAGAAGCUACGGCUGGCGAUCGAGGAGCACCGGCACCCGAACCUCGUGCGGUACCCGUGCAUGGCCCAACUCGGCCACACCUGGGUGAGCUCCGAGUGGCUGCCCGACCUCGGGCUGGCCCAAUACGCCGAGAGCUUCGCCAUCAACAUGGUCGACGCCCGCAUGCUCGACCACCUCAGCAAAAAGGAGCUCGAAAAGUACCUCGGCGUCACCCGCAAGUUCCACCAGGCCAGCGUCGUCCACGGCAUCAACUUGCUGCGCAUGCUCAACUACGAUAGGCAAGCCCUCGCGGUCAGGAGGCACAAUUGCGAGCAGCUGGACGCGGAUCCUCUCGUCUGGACCAACCAGAGGUUCGUCAAGUGGGCGAGGAAGAUCGACCUGGCCGAGUACGCUGACAACUUGAAAGAGUCCGGAGUUCAUGGUGCCCUGGUGGUGCUGGAGCCCUCGUUCACGGGGGACACGAUGGCGACGGCGUUGGGCAUACCACCGGCCAAGCAGAUGAUACGCAGACACCUGACGGCGGAGCUCGAGGCCAUCGUACUGCCGGCCAGAGGCAACCUGGAGGUGGUGCCGCGCAACGGGAACGGCGUGCCUAGGCCCAUGAGCAGCAUCGGCGGGAGCCUGGGCCGGGGAGCCCGGAGCUUGCACCCCCAGCAGUCCCUGCAGCACUCGCUCGCCCAGCCGGGCAGUAACACGAUCGAUCGGCGUCGCUGCAGCCUCAGGGGUUCCCUAAGCCGAGCCCUGGGUCUGCGGCCCCGGAGCGAGAAAGCCUCGCCCUCGUCGUCCUCGGACACAGGCAGCCUGGCCAGCCAGAGCCGGUACAUGAGCAGCUUGCGCAGCAACUCGCCCCCACCGCCCCAACUGCCACCCCGUCCGGCCACGAUAUCCGGGAACACGAGGCGCCACCGCAGGGUCAAGAGCAUCGGCGACAUCGAGUACAUGAGCAGCGUGGCCGUGAGCAUGGUCUGACAUCCGGAGCCCAGGGCCCACAAGAAGCCCCACUCCUCGGCCACGUCGCACCACCAACACCCCGGGCCCUACCGGAGCUUGAGCGAGCGGGGCUACUCCUCCUCCUCGUCCUACUACUCGUCCCACUACGGCUCGUACUCGGGUUACAGCAACAUCGGGGCCGGGAGCGAUUAUUACCAGUACCACUCGCCCGGGGAUGGCUACUACUCGCCCCAAAUUUCCGACAGGCCUUUUCCCGGGGUACAGAGGUACGGCAGCCUCGCCGAGGAAGCUUGGCCGCCCCCCACCAAACAGGACCAACGCCCGGCUGACUACAACGAUCGAAUCAUAUAAGGGACGCCCCGAUGUUUAUACAUAUUACCAUUAUAUUACUAUAACCAAUGCAUCUGAUGGCAAUAUUGUUUGGUACGUGUAUAGAUAGUUAUUGUAUGUCGGUAUAGUCGGUUUUUUGUUUUUGUUUUUAGUCUAGGACAAAUGAUAUGAUUUAUCGUAUAGCUAUGUGACGGUCGACGAGUUCAUUGAUAAUAGUUUGUGCCGUUGAGAAUAUAAUAUGUCGAUGAGGAAUUUUCGAAAGACUGCCUUGGGAAGGUUGAUGUUUGUUUAUUAAAAAAAAGAGGCGAGGGGGAAGGGUUGCUAUGAGGAUUACAGGGAAUAAGGUUUUUGCUAGAUGAAAAUAGAUAUUUUGAUGAGAUAAUGAAAUAAGACUAAUACUUGGACGAAAAAACAUAAGUUUACGAGUCGAUAAUAUUAGAGCUGUAUCUAAAGAUAUGAUAUUGUAAAAAAAAAAAAAAAAGGUCUUUGAGAGGAAAUUACAAAGUUCAUCCGAUGUUGUGUCCAAGAGAGGUGGAUUGGACAAACAUUAUUACGGCACUUACAAAAAAAAGUAUGAAAUUGUUGAUAAAUAUUAAGUAUAAAUAUUUCAAGUGACGGAUACGCAUGAUUUUUAACCAGCUAUUGGGAAAUAUUUGUGAGCAGAAAUACAUUUAAUUGAGAACUACAAACUGAUGUUGAGAAAUUUUUAGUCAGACAAAAAAAGUCUCGUUUCUGUUUACUAUUUGUCCAUCGAUAGUUGUAAAAUGACAAAAUACAUUGUGAUUGCUAUUAGUUGGGAAAUAAUUAAUGAGAUAUGGAAUGAAAAAUUUUUUAAUAGUAAUAGAAAAUUGUUGAUAAAAUUAUACGUCAUAAGCAAAGUUAUUUUAGACCGAAUAUAAGCAUCUCGUUCGAUUUUUCACACGUACAAUGUGUAAUAAGUAUUGUGUAUUACUAGCAUUGAUCUUCUUCCUAUCGGUUUUUGUAGUAUACUUCACGCAGCUGUUGAAGUUUUUACCAAAAUUUAAUUUAUUUCUUUUUUACGCAUUUUUAUCUGCGACAAUGAAAAAAUUCGCAAAGUGAAACAUAUUACAUGAGGGCAAAGAAAGCUUGAGCACUCGAUGUUGCUUGACAAGUGAACGGAUUGUGUAUACUGGCUUUUGAAUGUUAAAAUAAUAAAUCAAAAUCCACGCCUCAAACGGAUUUGUCUCGUAAUGAAUAGCAUAAAAAUAAUCUUAAAUAUUUAUCAAUGAAUUUAAUCGCACGAAAAAAAUGCUGCCAGUUAUAAAUAAAACGAAAAACGUUACACAAAAUGGAUAAACUAUAUUUAUUGCGCUCAAGUGACGAUUCUCUCAACCGAAGUACUCCAAUAAAGUGCUUCCAGAAGUUCAUAUUAUACGCGUGUACAGGUAUUAUGUGCUGCAUUCGGUUUUAAAUUUUUUUCCAAAACUCAAGACUGCAUUUCUACAUUACAAUGAACAUCAUUAUUGCGAAAUAUUCAUCACUUGUUUGCCGAAGCUUCCGUGAACAAAAGUGUAAAAAUAAGAAAUUGAUGUUUAUAAUUGAUUACCAAUUUUACCACGUGAAAUUUGCUAAUGUCUAUAGGGAAUUAUGAAAAAAAUUGUAUUUGAUAAAAAUAAAGGAUAAAAAGAAAAGAAAAAAAAUAACAUGUACCUUUGUCGUCCAAACCAUAUCGCAAACAAAAGGCCCCAAUAAAGAGAAAAUAUACAAACGUUUUUGCUCAUUACGUCGUUUUACGCCGAUUAAAACGACCGUUUUAAUGCGCUCACGUAAUGAAAAUACACUGUGUAUUUUCGCGUACCUACACCCAAGUAUAAUUUAUCAUAAGUCAUGUAUUUGUAUAUAUAAAUACAUAUUGCGUAUAAAUAAAAAUAUAUUAUGAAUAUAUGAUAUACAUAUAUAUAUAUAUACAUACAGAAAGAAUUGAAUUAUAAAUAUAUUAUAUCAACUGUAUCGCACAGAAUGACGGAGUGACUACGUUGAAUCGUUCAGUGGUGUGUGUGAUGAACAGUAGAAGUGUUGAGUGUAAUGAAAAUAAUUAAAUAAAUGCUUUUAUUGUGAGAGAUUAACGACCAAAUGAGUGACGAUAAUGUGAAUGUGUAUUGAUGAGGCACAAUGUGUACAUAUAUUCUA